AUGGUGGUGCCUGUGGAAUUGAUAUCCUCUGCAGAAGGGUGCACCUAUCAACAAGUGUUAAACCAUUUAAACUUGUCCAAAAACAAUGAGCUGUACUUCGUGACUCGACCUGUAAAGAACCACAAAAAGACCACUGAGGUGCGCGUAGAGCUUCUGCUGCAAGCGAUUCUGGAUGUGGUGAAGACUGAGCAGCAGUUUGUUCCUUAUGUCAGGAUGGAGUUGAAAUGGCAAAACGAUUACAUUGAGUGGGACCGUGACGACUUCUGUAAUAUUGAUCAUGUUACACUUCCUGCUGAAAUGUUAUGGAAACCAGAUCUGACUAUAGUAGAGGCGUCAGAAAUAGACAAUACCCUGCAAAGUUCUCGCAUCACGAUAUUCUACCAAGGCACAGUGCGUCUUGUGAAUUUCCAGGUCCUCACCACCACCUGCAAAAUGAAAGUGUAUAAAUUCCCCUUUGACAUUCAGAUGUGCACGCUCACCUUGAGAUCUCAGACUCAUGAUGCUGAAGAAAUGAAACUUAUUCCCAUGAUUGACACGGAUGAGGCAAAUGAUCUCUCACGCAUGCUGAUGAAGAUCCAGUAUGAAUGGUUGUUCAUCAGCAUAUCAGUCACGAAUGCAACUGAUGAGCUCACUGGCAUGGACGAUGUCACUUACACUAUCUUCAUGAAGAGGAGGGCUGUCCUCUACAUCAUCAACUUCUUGCUGCCUGUCCUCCUCUUCUUGGCCCUGGAUCUGGCCUCCUUCCUGAUCUCUGACACCGGUGGCGAGAAGCUGAGCUUUAAGGUCACGUUGAUGCUCGCCAUUACAGUGAUGCAACUUAUUCUCCAUGAGUUUUUGCCAGCCUCAUCAAACAAGAUCCCACUUAUAGCGGUGUACUACAUUGGGAUCUUUGCUCUAAUGAUGCUCAGUCUGCUUGAGGCGAUUGUGGUGGCAAAUCUACUUGAAAAAGACUCCUCAUCACCAUUGGAGGACAAAGACUGUGAUAAACUCCUGAGUGAGGACUGUGAGAACAAACGGAGCAAAACCAAGCAACGCAGCUGUGAAAGAGUGCCCAACGGGGUUGGUGCCUGCCUACCAGUCUUGGUUCCCUGGGACCAGGCCCCCUGA